CACACACACACUCACACACACACACACACACUCACUCACACACACACGAGGACACACACGCGGCUCUGUCCAGCCAGCACAAGGCUCAGUCUUACAGCUCAUUAGUAUUUUCAGUUGUUUUAAAAAGUAACAAAAACUAAACAUUGACCCGAGUGCUACAAACUUUCGACUGACGCAACCAUCCCUACUUUUUAUGUUGGUUUGUUGGUUAAAGAAUGAAUUUUGUGGCCAAGUGGUAGUUUUUUCUUUUUCUUUUUUUUUUGGAAGACUUGAACUUUAGUUUUUUUCUUCAGACUGAAAGUUGAAGGGAAAAAAGCCGACUCGUGAUGGACGCGCUGUCACUCAGGUUACUCGUUGUAGUGGCUUUGACCUCAGCCACUUUGGCUGGCGAAAUUAAUAAAGAAGACUUCUUGAAGAGCCGACUGAAGGAGUAUGGCCUGGUCACGCCUAUCAGCACUGACUCAGGCGGCCACUUCUUGUCACACCUCCUCUCAGCAAAUCACAAGCAGCGUGUCAAGCGCAACGUGCCCUAUGCCACUGAGCCAGCAGGUGAGAAACUCUUCUUCAAUGUCACUGCUUUUGGCAAGGAGUUUCACCUGCGGCUCUGGCCCAACAGAAGGCUAGUGGCACCUGGCGCCAUGGUAGAGUGGCACGACGAGGUUUUGGUGCCUGGCAAUGGCACAGAGAAUGACACCUACGCAGACAGGAUUCUGAGGAGAGAGCUGCUUAAGACGGACUGCAAUUUUAUUGGGGACAUCACUGACGUGCCUGGAGCGUCGGUUGCUAUUAACAACUGUGACGGUCUGGCUGGCAUGAUUCGUGCUGACUCUGAUGAAUACUUCAUUGAGCCUCUGGAGCGUGGCACGCAGCAAUAUGAGGAAAAUGGACGAGUGCACGUGGUGUACAGAAGAUCCGCUCUGCUGCAAACGCCUUCGGAUGUCUCAAUGGACUACGAACCCCCCGAGCCAGAGCUCAGUGUUCCAAAGGCACUAGACAACAUUGCCAAACAAGUGAACCACACAUCCAGGAGACGCCGGCAUGCCGGAGAUGAUGACUACAACAUCGAGGUGCUUCUUGGCGUCGACGACUCUGUGGUGCGCUUUCAUGGAAAGGAACAUGUACAGAACUACCUGCUCACCCUCAUGAACAUUGUGAAUGAGAUAUACCAUGACGACUCACUAGGUGUGCACAUCAAUGUAGUUCUGGUGAGGAUGAUCAUGCUUGGCUAUGCAAAGUCCAUUAGCCUUAUUGAGCGCGGGAACCCGUCGCGGAGCUUGGAGAACGUGUGCCGCUGGGCCUUCGUACAGCAGAAAGAGGAUCCAGAGCACUCUGAGCACCAUGACCAUGCCAUCUUCCUGACACGGCAGGGCUUUGGCCCUACUGGCAUGCAGGGCUAUGCUCCUGUCACUGGGAUGUGCCAUCCAGUUCGCAGCUGCACCCUCAACCAUGAGGACGGCUUCUCCUCUGCCUUCGUAGUGGCCCACGAGACAGGACACGUGCUGGGAAUGGAGCAUGAUGGACAGGGCAAUCGUUGUGGUGAUGAGACAGCCAUGGGGAGUGUCAUGGCCCCUCUGGUGCAAGCUGCUUUCCACCGCUAUCACUGGUCCAUGUGCAGUGGACAAGAGCUGAAGAGAUACAUUCAUUCCUAUGACUGCUUACUGGAUGAUCCAUUCAAGCAUGACUGGCCACAGCUCCCUGAACUUCCUGGCAUCAAUUACUCCAUGGAUGAGCAGUGUCGUUUUGAUUUUGGAGUUGGAUACAAAAUAUGCACAUCAUUCCGUACAUUUGAUCCUUGCAAACAGCUAUGGUGCAGCCAUCCAGACAACCCUUAUUUCUGCAAGACUAAAAAGGGACCACCACUGGACGGCACCGAAUGUGCACCCGGCAAGUGGUGCUACAAAGGUCACUGCAUGUGGAAAAAUGCCAACCAGGUGAAGCAGGAUGGAGCUUGGGGUAUGUGGACCAAGUAUGGUUCAUGCUCACGCUCCUGUGGGACAGGCGUACGCUUCAGGACACGUCAGUGCAACAACCCAGCUCCAUCUAAUGGUGGUCAGGACUGCCCAGGGGUCAACUAUGAGUUCCAGCUGUGCAACACAGAUGACUGCCCCAAGCACUUUGAGGACUUUAGAGCCCAGCAGUGUCAGCUCCGCAACUCCCACUUUGAGUACCAGAACACCAAACACCACUGGCUCCCAUAUGAGCACCCAGAUGCCAGCAAGAGAUGUCACCUCUACUGCCAGUCGAAGGAGACGAGCGAUGUGGCCUACAUGAAGCAGCUGGUGCAUGAUGGCACACGGUGCUCCUACAAGGAUCCCUACAGCAUUUGUGUACGGGGGGAAUGUGUGAAAGUGGGCUGCGAUAAAGAGAUUGGUUCUGACAAGGAGGAAGACAAGUGUGGAGUCUGUGGGGGCGACAAUUCCCACUGCAGAACUGUGAAAGGAACCUUUACCCGAACCCCCAAAAAAGCAGGGAAAACAAGAGGAGUCUUCUUGCUGCCCAAGGGAGCAAGACAUGUGUUUCUGAAUGAAAGUGAGGACUCUAGAAAUGUUAUUGCGGUAAAGAACCAGGCCACAGGACACUACAUCCUGAAUGGUAAAGGAGAUGAGGUGAGGUCACGCAGCUUCAUAGACCUUGGAGUGGAGUGGGAUUAUGUCAUUGAAGAUGAUGCUGAGACUCUGCACACAGACGGACCAUUACAUGAUGCAGUCAUUGUUCUGAUUAUGCCAAAAGACAAUGAGACAAGAUCAUCACUGAUGUAUAAAUACAUCAUCCAUGAGGACUCAGUCCCAAUAAACAACAACAAUGUCAUUCAGGAAGACACAUAUGAGUGGGCUUUGAAGAGUUGGUCCCAGUGCUCACGACCUUGUGCAGGAGGAUUCCAGUACACAAAAUAUGGAUGUCGUAAAAAGGGGGACAAUAAGAUGGUACACAGGAGCUACUGUGACAUUAGUAAGAAGCCCAAACCCAUCCGCAGGAUGUGUAAUCUCCAGGACUGCACACAACCACAGUGGAUAACUGAGGAAUGGGAGCACUGCACCAAGACAUGCGGAAACCUGGGUUACCAGAUCCGCACUGUGCGCUGUGUUCAGUUCCUGCAUGAGGGCACAAAUCGCUCCAUCCACAGCAAGUAUUGCAGCGGAGAGAAACCCGAGACCAGACAUCCCUGCAACAGAGUGCCCUGCCCUGCCCACUGGAGGAUUGGAGCCUGGUCUGAGUGCUCAGUGACCUGUGGCGAGGGAGUGGCACACCGCCAGGUCACAUGCCGCAUCGGCGAUCAAUGUGCCGGUGAGAAACCGGAGUCACAGAGGCCAUGCCGCCCAGGUCCUUGCAAUGAUGAGCCUUGCAGAGGAGACAAGUCCAUAUUCUGCCAGAUGGAGGUCCUUGCUCGCUACUGUUCCAUCCCAGGCUACAGUAAACUGUGCUGCGAAUCAUGCAGUCAACGCAGCGGCACUCUCUCUUCUCUCCUGGCUGAAGCGGCUGAGGUCGAGGAGGAGGUGCGAUUUGGCUCAGCCUCACAGUUACUCGAGACACUCUCAGCCUCAGUCAAUCAAACUGUUAACCACCCCCUUCAAACACCCAACCAACCCAGUGGCUCGGCCAAGCAAACCUCCACCCGUACAGCUCUCAAACCGAACACUGAGAGCAAAACUCCAAAACGUCUGGUGCAGGCCACUAAACCCAGCACUAGAAAUCUGCCCAUCAUGACAGUUUACAAGCAGCACAACGACAACCUCGCUAGCGCUACAUCACAGCACACGGAUAGUCUCCUAGACAUUUCCAAGGUGGAAAGAUGAAGGCAAAUUUUACACCUUUUUUUUUUUUUUUUUUUUUUUUUUUUUUUACAUUCCUGGACUUUUUGUAGAUAUAAAUAGCUUUAUUCUUUGUCUUCAUUCAAAUCAUUCCUAUAAGAGGUUUAGGGAAGUAAAGUGCUGGUUCACUUUUUGGUUUGUAGGUCAUGCCCCCAAGUGGUUAUUCAGAAUCAUACUGGACAUUUACACAAUAUCUGUUUUUUGUUUUUUGUUUUUUGUUUUUUUGAUGAGGCACCAAAGAUGUUUCAAAGUUAGUCAGAUGUCCCUUUUCAGCAACCUCUAAGGUUUUGCACAUUUAGCUCAUGCUAUUAGAGACACCAGUGAUCAGAAAUGCUUCUAGUUUUGUAGAAUUUCAGAAUCAAGCACAAAUGGUUUGUUUAUUGAAAAAAUAUUUAUGAAUGUUCUUGUAAAUACUCUAUGUUUAAUAGUCAGUAUUAUUUUUUACUAAAACAUGGUGCAAAUUUUUAAUGUAAGAUUUAAGUAUAUGGGUAAAAUGACAGCAACUGAAGAUCUGUCACUAUUUUCAGUUAUUUCCUGUCAAAACAGCUCAUCCAGUAUAAAGCCAUUACUUGCCAAACCUAUCAAGGAAUUUAUUUAAUCAUAUUUCUUUUGUGUGUAAGCACAUCAGUGAUUAAUAUCAAAGCUGUCUUAACCAUUUUCUGGAAUUUCCUUCUUUUGAACUUGUACUGUAUUCUAUUCUGAAGCUAAACAUGUAUUUCACCAGCAAGAGAGCUAAAUGUAGAGACAUAUUUAUAUGUCAAAACCCAGUGGGGCCACAGCGUAGGAGUCUAUCUCGUGCCAGCUCAGCGUAUAGGGUAUGAAAGGCUAUAUUUUGAGGGCACCGAGGUAGAAUUAACACACAUCUUUUUGUGAAAAGCACAUUGUGUGAGGUGGUGUGCUUUUGCCUGCAAUUUCAAGAGAAAGAUGUUUAUUUUUAAACAAGGGUAAUGUCUCAACCACAAUGCAUCUGACUGCAAUAGCAAGGAACUCCAGAGUACGUGUCAUUGGAGUGCAAACAUAUAAAAUCCAUUCACACAUGCUUGCCUGUGUGCUACUGUAUAGCUGUUGUAUAUAGAAUUAAGAACUUUAGAGUAUUUAUUGACUUCCUUGUCUGUUUUUUAUGUCCAGCAUCUCUUAUUUCACAACCAGGUUAGAGCCAAAAAUUUGUCAGUCAUUUGCAUAUUGAGUCAAGUUUUGCUGAAUUUCUCCAAGUAGCAUCAAAAUUUUAGCACCAUACCAAAAAAAAAAAGAAUGAGGAGAAAGCUCUAGUCCAGCUGUUUUAGAAUAGUGUUUAGUGUAAUAGCCCAACAAAACUGUCAGCUGCUUCUAUGUAGUUAACUAAAUUUCCAGACGAAUCUGUUCUUACAGUCAGUUAGUGGAUUUGAUUCAUGAAAAGGUUUAAUCUAAACAAAGACAAACAUGUUAAAUGUUGGUGUUGUAGAUAUGAGUUUUAUAGAAAAAAACCUAUUGUAACAUUCUUGAAACUUAUUUUUAAAAUAUUUUCAAUGUGAUGCCAUUGAAUUGCUGCCUUUGACAACUUUGCUGCUAAUGCUAUGCAAAGCUUUUUUUUUUUUCAAAGCCCAAGUAGUUUUGUAUUAGUAGAUUUUUAUUGACAAUCCCUGAGCCUCAAACAGAUCCGCUGUAUAUGAAAAAGAUCUAUAUAUAUAUCCCCAGUCCUGCCUUUGCAUGUAAGUAUUAAUUAAUGCUCUGACUAGCAUGUCAGUUUCUUACAGCUUGCCAUCAUCUGUUUAUUUGUACUUAUUUUUUUAGUUUUAAUGGAAGUGUACACUACUGAUGCUGUUUGUUGUAAUGGGGAGCACAUAGCAAUAAAGAACAUAGUAAAUAUUCA